CACGAAUAUAAUCAAGAUAGAAACCACAAACAAAUUCAGAGGCCUGAAAGUCUUAUUAAAACUCAAUAAUUUGAAAUCUCGAGUGAGAGAUAGAAAAGACUCCACGAUUCCAGCUAGCCGAAUAAUUGAAUGGAAAAUAAAAAUAUUUUCAAACGUAAACGGACGGGAGUCAACGCAACCCAUUGAUUCAUUAAAAAGAAUGAAAACGUUUCACAAAAGAAAAUUCUCUUUUCAAUGAUAUCAUUUUCUGGAGCUGUACAAUCGCAUUUUAAAGUAUUUGUAAAUAUUCAUAGGUAGGAAACACCUAUUACUAACAAAGUACCAAAUAACCUUGAGUCAAAUUUCACACAGUACUUGUUACUAUAAUAUUGGCACACAUGUAAAUUACACUAAGAACAGUAAAACUUUGAGAUUCCCAUCGCAAAUCACACGUUUAGAAAUAAGAGACUAGAAUUCCCGUAUUACAGCAAUAAAGCCAAUUGACAAAAAUCAUUAGUAGAUAGUGGACUACGGAUUACAAGCUGAACUAAGAUUAUAGAAGUAAAACAAUCUGACUUCAAUCAUCCAAUGUUUUUAUAAAAACAACAAUGUAAAUAAUUAAACAGCUGCUUAGUUUGGUCUUUCUUUUAAAAAUUGCAUUAUUGUAAUUGAAAAAUACGAACUAGUAGAUUUUAGGGAUGGGAUUUUUGUUGAUAAAAAUACGAUGAUUGAAGUCAGGAUACAUGAGGCGUGAUUGAAUUCACCUCAGUUAUAAAACGAAACAAUUAUUAACUGUAAUUUAUUGCCAAUACGUAAACUACCGUUUAAGUUAGUUGGAUUAAAUGACAAAUAACUCUGAUGAACGAGUAAAUACCAUAACCAUCAUGGCAAAAUUCAAACGUAACAUAUAAAACGCUGAGAUGAUGAAUUAGAUUUGUCAUACUAAUCGAAUUCACCAUUACUUUUGAGAUAGACGAAAACGAUCAAAUUGGAAAAAUAAAAAGAACUAUUUAUCACGAAAUAUCUGAUAAUUUUUAUGUACCUAGCUUCCUCAUUUUAGUCAUCUCAUCCCUAUGAUUGAUUACCUAGCAAUUAUAGCUAAUUAGAUUUUUACCAGCUUCAUAUAUAUAUAAUCCCAUUGGUUGAUUAGCAGACAACCGCAACGGUAUAUGAACCAAUGUAACGUCAGUACAGAAUUAGGACAGGUAACUAGUAGAAUUAAUUGUUGUGUUAUAAGCUCUAAUGUAUAUGGUGAACUGUCCAAUAAGGACAUCAAUAAAUGUUAGAACAGUACUGUUAGUAUGAAAAAUAAUAAUUGAAUGUAAAGGGAUUGGUUUUCUUAUGAAAAAAACACAAUAAGUAACAUAUAAAAUAGUUGUAAGCCAUCAUAUGUUAAAAUAUAGAUGCAUUCUUAUGUAAAUGUAUUAAAAUAGAACACCAAAAAUGAGGAUGUUAAUAUGAUUCAGAAGACGUUCUAAUUUAAUGUUUAAAUUGUAAUUAUUGCUACGCCUGAACAAAAACAUACCACUACAUACGCAGAGUUCACAUGUACUUAUGAACAUUUAUCAUCAUUAAUGCUGUUCACACGUGAUUGGUCAGUUUAACCUUAUACGGAACUAUUACAUAAAAGGAAGGAAAUUGAAGAUUACUUCACAAACAAAAAAGAACUACUUUCCAUGGAUGAUCAAGAGCAACCACAUGCAGAAGUUGUAUUCAUGGGAGAAGCCCAAGUGGGGAAGACAGCUUUAGUCCAACGAAUAAUCAAAGGGUCAAGUUAUUUUUUAUGGAACGAUAAAUAUGAACCUACAAUUGAAGACUCGUUCGUCAGAGAAUUUAUAGUUGGAGGAAAUUUAUGCAGAUUGAGACUUAUUGACACUGCAGGAAGUUACACGUUCCCAGCAAUGAAUAGACUGUGGCAACGAAGAGCUUCUGCAUUUGUAUUAGUGUGUGCAAGAGAUAACCCAUCAAGUUUAGACAGGAUAAAGACGAUUUUGCAAGAAAUUCAGGAUGAAAGACAAGAAAAUUACAGAAAAUUAAUAACAGUGAUAGUUGUCAAUAAGAGUGAUAUUAGAGAAAGUGAAUGGAUGGUAAAAGAUGAGGAUGUUGAACAACUAGCAGAAAACUUACAGAUACCUUUUAGUUCAGUCGUCAUUGCAUCAGCUCGUGACAAUUACGGUAUGAUUGAAAUUUUAAAAGUAUUAUGGGAACAAAAUCAAGAAGCUGGAGAGAACAGAAUUUUAUUUGAUUUGCUGCCUUUUAAGUCUGGUAAGGCUGAUGAAAGAAGAAGAGCAAGUGCAUUUGCAGUACUUUUUGGGAAUUCGUCAUCUAAGGGCGCGACAGUUCUUCACAUAGGACACAAUCAACGUCCUAGGCAUUCUGAUGCACAAGAAAGCAAUAACAUGGCACUGGACACAAAUACUAAGUUUCAAAAUGUAAAUUCAUUUGGAAUAGCAUUUAUGAGAAAACUAGGGCGACUAAGUCUUGGUGGACAUCGCAGUAAUAAACGAGACAAAACAAGCCGAGAACCUUCUGUUAUUAAACCAGACUGUAAUGUAUCUUAAAAAACUAUACAUGACUGUAAUAUAAAAUCUUUAAUUUAAGUAUAUAAAUGCUUUUUAAAAACUUAGCCAUUAGAAACAGUUGGUUUAGAAUGUGGAGCUUAGGCAAUGAAUCACAACCUAAACAAAAAUAUGUGGUCAAACUAGUGUCAAGUGCAAAAACACUAGAAACACAAACAUAUGAUGGUUAAAUUUUUGGUUUACAAAUAUUACCACCAAUAUAAACACAAAAAUGCUAUUUGGUUUCACUUGCAUCAGAAAAAAACAAUAAUAGAAGGAAGUGGAUUGAGUUAUGGAAUAGUACAUUUAGCAAACCUUAGUCUAAAAUACGAGUCAGUCAAUUAAUAUUAGCUUGCUUGAGUGCAGUAGAACGUGGAUUUUGUUGAUAAAUCAUAAUUUCUGCAAGCAUACAGGUUGUGGGCUUUUAUAGAACAGAUUCAUUGGACAUUUAUUUAAAUAUAUUAUAUCAUGCAGUAGUAGUAGUAGUGUAAUGAACAAAGACUUGGUGGAUAAAACUAACUUAUUGUUUACUGCAAAAUUACAGAGUUCCUUAGUAAAAUAUGAAAACCAAAAUUAAAUACUUUAUUUGCAAAUCUUCC